AGUAAUAGCAGCAGCAGCAGCAGCGGUGUGACGGCUGCUCUCGCGCAAACAAUCCGAUCGUCAGUCGUGCACGAUCGGAGCGAAAGGAAACGAGAGUUGGUCUCGCGCGAGACGGACGGUUGACGGGCCGUCCGAGUCCACACGGCGGGAGUGACGGGGUGACGCGAGGGAGGUGGGAGUCGCGGGGAGGUCGCGCGGCGGCAACGACGGCGACGAGGGGACGACGGAACGCGCUGGUACACCGACGACAGGGCAUCAGCAGCGACCUCGGGACUGACCACCGUCGGGCAAAACCGUGGGACAGAGCCAGAUUCUCCGCGCGUCCCAGGACCCGCUCUCACUCUACCCCCUCGACGACGACGACUCGAAGGUGGGGCAUCCUGCCCGUCGUUGAUAAUCGAAUUGUCGUGCACGGUGCACACGGUCACGCGCCACCGCGUACGUCGGCAGCAGCGCCACCGGGAUGGAGAGACGAGCCGCAUUCGUGUUGCUGGGGAUGCUAUAUUUAGCGGCGGGCACCCUCGUCACGGUCCAGGCAGAGAUGAAGUAUGACGGGCCAUCGGUUGUGCACGAGGGAAAACCGUGGGACAUCGAGUGCAACGGUUUGAAGAAGGAUGAUCUCAUUAGGUGGACCAGGAAUGGCCAGACCCUGGAACCUGAGUUGUCCAGUGGUCAGCUGGUCGUCACCUCGAUACCCGAAACCGGCACCAGCAAGCUCUCGGCGAAGCAGGCGACCGAGAACCACGAUGGAGACUACAAAUGCACCCCCGACAGUUCGGAGUUUUUCCACCUCUCGAUAUAUUUCGAUAUUAAGAUUAGAGUACUUACGCCCAAGGACAUACCUUUGAUUCUUGAAUGCGCAAACAGAAGCACCAGCGAUAAAUGGCUGAAGGAGAAGGUACCGGUGAUCACCGCACUUGCUGGUCACGAGGAUGCCUUCAAGAUUAAUAACGAGACUGGUAAUCUGGAGAUCUUAAAGGAUAAGGAGCAGGUUUAUGGAAAUUACACUUGUAACAUGGCCAACUCCACGGUCGAGUACAAAGUCCUACCAAGGCCAGUGGCGCAUCUGGCUGAAUCUACCACCGUGGUAGAAGGCGAACCGCUGCACUUGAUAUGCGGCAGUAAGCAGGACCCCAGCCAACUCCGCGGCGUAAAAGUAUCCUGGACAUUCGGGGAUCAGAAUUACACGCGCAGCAUGGAUCGUGUGAAGAUCACCAAGGACAAGGAGAGGGGAAUCUACGAUGCCGUCCUGAUUGUCGAAAACAUUCAGAUGAAUGAUCGCGGUCAUGUUUUCUGUAGGAUGUCGUUCAACUGGUCCGAUCCUGUAUUGGAACACACAUCGGAGGCCAAGACAUUCCUCAGGGUUAAGGACAAGCUCGCCGCACUCUGGCCAUUCCUAGGCAUCUGUGUGGAAGUCGUUGUUCUAUGCGCCAUUAUUCUAGUGUACGAGAAGAAGCGGAACAAAGCCGAACUCGAGGAAUCCGAUACUGAUCAGAGCCCUGAUACUAAACCGACGCCCAACAAGGAAUCUGACGUCAGGCAGAGAAAGUGAGAUAGCAAAUACAUGAAUUAGAGCGAUGCGAUAGAAGCGGAAGAACGGGUCGUCAUGUGUAGAGUGCUAUAAUGAAAAUCUGUAAAAACAACGGAACAUGGCUUUUGAAUGAGAGAUGUGUCGUCACAAAUGUGGGAUAAACACUGCAAAAUGGACAUCAGCGGGCUUGAAUGGGCCAUUCAUAGUGCGCACCUGUGUGAAAACAGGCUUGUGCAGCAAACGCGUGCAGAGCAGGAUCACACAAGUUACUAACAAAUUAAAUUAAGCCUUAUUACGGUGUUCACUCCAUUUAUCAGAUGUUCGCCUGUUCGUAUUCUUUAAUUACACCGCUUUGAUUGACAGAAAGAAGGAGAGAGAGAGAGAGAGAGAGAGAGAGAGAGAGAGAGAGAUGUGUUGAGUUAAUGUACAAAUGCCGAUGAUGACACGAUAAUGUGUGCGAGGGGAUAGAGAGUGAGAGAGAGGGAGAGAAAGAAAAAUAAUGUAUGUAUGAGUGAAAAAGCUAACAAGAAAACAGACCGAUAGAUUGAAAAUGAAACAAAUAAGCAGAGAUAAAAUAGCGUGCCCGCUGAGCGCGAGUACGCGCGCAAUUACAUAUAAUUUCCUACAAAGCGCUUCAGAAUGCGUUCCGACGAACAUCGUAAUUCGAUCGUGCGCAUCGUCCCAUUGCUUCGCGCGGUAUCUGCACUCGCACUCGUCGGGCACGCCACAGGCAUAUUAGAUUCGCGUAGAACUCGUUUCUCAAACUUCGCACGUGUGACCGAAGAAACAAAAAAAAGAAAACUUUAUGGUAGAGCCGAAAAUAUGUGCUCGAUGCUAGUUAUGUAAUAAUAGGAACGCGGACAGUGCGUGCCACAAUUGACUUCCGGAUAUAUGCUCGCGUACUUUUAGAGAUUGCAAGAAAGAGAGAUUGAGAGAGAGAAAGAGAGAGAGAGAGAGAGAGAGAGAGAAAGAGAGAGAGAGAGAGCGGGAGAGCUUAUCUUUGGCGUCGCCUUAUAUUCCAUCGCUCGUGAAGAUAUCCCGGAAGUCUGGCUGCACGCGACGCCGUUGUUAAUGACAUUAAUGUAAUUAAUACUGUAAUGUUAUUGCCAUCGUUACUACUGCUGCUACAUCUAUCGUUAUUAUGAUUAUUACAAGUAUUAUAUCGUUAAUUUUAUCACUCUAUUGUAAUAAUUUAUAAUCCGUACCAACACGAUUCUCUAUAUC